UGUUAAAUGGUCGUAAAAGCGUCUGCGUGCGAGACGUGUGUCGCGUUGCUUUCGUGACUACUGUGCGUUCGCAGUAAUAGUUAAUUUUCAUUUUCAUUACAAAAAUAACGAUUUAGACUAAGCUAUGUAUUAAAUGAGUGUAUAGAUAUAACAUUUCGAUAUUAAUGUAAUGUAAUAGUGAAUUAUUAUACAUAAACAAACAAAAACAUUGUGUUUUUAAAUUUUUGGGGUGAGCAAAACGAGUUACUUUCGACCGUGUCCGUGAAGGGAAAAUUAAACAGCUGUUUGAGCAUAGUAUGCUUCGUAUUGUCCCGGCUGUGGUGAAGUACCUCGCCGGUUAUGGAGCAGCUGUUGAUUUUCCUGUAAUGACAUCCUAACACAACCAAUGCGAGAGGCUGCGUCCACGACGAUAACUCUCGCAUACAAUUAACGUUAUCGUAUAGUGCCGUUCUGAUAACUUAAUAAUCAAACGCAAGUCGCGCAGGUUGCACGUAUUCAUCGGCGUUCGGCGGCCCAGUGUUAGUGUCAGUGAUUUGAAAAUCGAAUGUGCAUUUAAAAAUGCGUGUCGGAAAUCUGUGGUCAGGCCUGGCUGUCAGCUGGAUAGUGACGUUUGUUCAGUGUCAUACGGCGGGAAGCGAAUUGGAAUCAACGAGAUACGGUCCAGCCGAAGAGAGAUAUGGUAGUGAUACAUAUACCAUAGCGAAUAUAAAUAUAACAUAUGAGGAUGAGCAUGGCGAAAUGUUUACAGAUACAUCUGAGGUGAGAAAGAAACACUACGUACUGCAUUAUUCCUCCGGGAAGUACGGCGAGGGGAUAGUCAGCAAUGCCCAUGGCAUAGCCGUGCACGUUCGUGGUAGGGGUCCACAGGGGGCCCACGACCACACGGGCUGUCAGCCUCCUCUGAUCUCGACGGCUGCUCCCACGCGUCCGCUCCCAACUGAGCCUUGGAUCGCCGUCAUUCGCCGAGGCAGUUGCAAUUUUGAGAUCAAGGUGCAGAACGCUUGGAAGGCGAAUGCGUCGGCGGUUCUCAUAUAUAACGACAGAGACACACCGAUGUUGGAAAAAAUGAAAUUAUCCACUGACAAUGGGCGUAACAUAAGCGCUAUAUUUACAUACAAGUGGAAAGGAGCGGAAAUCACACGGCUGGUGGACAAUGGAACUCGAGUUAUGAUCGCCAUCGUACGGGGCCAAACAUUUACACAUAUCAAUAAUAAUAUUAAUAAGACUUCAGUGCUUUUCGUCUCGAUCUCAUUUAUCGUGCUGAUGGUAAUCUCACUGGCGUGGCUGGUCUUCUACUAUAUACAACGCUUCAGAUAUAUACACGCUAAAGACAGAUUAUCGAAGCGACUUUGCUGCGCCGCGAAAAAGGCUCUAUCGAAAAUACCAGUUAAAAGCCUGAAAACUGAGGACAGGGAGGUGCAGGGCGACGGUGAGUGUUGCGCCAUUUGUAUAGAGCCAUACAAAGUGUCUGAAACGUUAAGAUCUCUUCCUUGUAGACACGACUUCCACAAGAACUGCAUCGAUCCUUGGCUACUGGAACACCGCACUUGUCCCAUGUGCAAGAUGGACAUACUCAAGUAUUACGGCUUCGUGUUCACGGGCAGUCAAGAGAGUAUUCUGCAGUUGGAUGUUGAGGAAGCCAGGAGUCGCGCGCUCAGUCCCGCCAUGUCGCCAGCACGGAACAGACAUCCGCUCACAUUGCUAUCAUCCGACAACUCGUACGGUGAGGCCCACAGCGAGCGCAGUAGCCGCGCCUCUUCGCCUGACCAUCUCGUGCCUCCACACGGACAUAGGUCGAAUGAAGAGUCGUCAAGCGAAGAACAGGAAGGUUGUUCGCAAGAAGAGCCGAACGCCGGCACUAGCGAUGCCUGAGACAUCGCCUCAAGUAGUCCCAGACCACAUUUGAGAUCUCUUAGACCGCCAUGAUCUAAGACAGUUCGAUCUCACGUUUAAGAUUAUGGCCAGAGAUGUCCCAUUCCUAGUCUAAACUCCGCAUCUGUACUGGGAUGAGUCUAAAGUCUAAGCGGAGAUCUCAAACUGUGGUCGAAGACUUCCCCGUGCCAAAUCCCCCUCCCCUCGCAAUCCUGAAUGGCUGGAGCUGAGUGCGAAGUGGAGUGAAUCUACCAUUGGAAUCACUGUGUGUGAACAUGAGCAACGCGACAUCUAUUGCGAUAAAUACGAUUUAACAAAUAGACGUAAAGCUGCUUUUGCGACGAGUCAAAUCCGUAUUUUACAAGAAAUAUUCUGGUUCAUGUUGGACGUAAUUGAUAUAAAAAUUUCAAUAUCGGUCGAAGGUUGUGAAAUACGGAAUUAGUGUUUUAUAUGGAAAGUAAACCUCCUUUUAUACGACAAAUGUGUUUCAGUGUCUCUUAAAACAAGCGAUUUCAAUCAUUGCAAAACGGACUAAGAGCUGAGAAAGAUCUGUUUCUAGGAAAGUUUUCUGAGACACUGAGGCAAUUAUAUGCAGUUUUAACUUUCUAAGCUAUUAUCCUUUAUAAAUGAAUUUAUUCUAGAUAUUAUCGUGUUAUCUUCUAUUUUACGACUAUUUUUCAUUCUUUAUCUGUAGGAACAGUUGCGUUAUCAUCGCAUUAACUAAACCUACAAAAAAUAUUUUUUAUCUCUAGCUCUAUGUAUCGUAGUGUAAAGGAUAGCAAUAUUCAUAUUUUUCGUCGAGUCUCGUAUUGCUAGGCCCGCUUGCAUAUAAUUGUCUGGAUACGAAAGUUUCCGUGUGUUCAUUUAUUUAAGGUUAAUACUCAAAAAGGCAAAAAAAAACCAGUGAUACGAGUGGUGGAUGACAAGUGAUAUUUUAUAAGCACUUUUUAGUUUUAGUGAUGUAAACCGCGACUCCGCCUAGGCAACUGGUACCAAAUGGAUCCAAAAUUAGAUUGACCAAUUUUCUGACCUUAAAAUAUAUUUAAAAAAAAUCUAAGGUCAGCAGAGAUCCUUCAUUUCAUUUGAAAUAUUAAGCCAUAGAAUUUUGUUUGGUUGAUCUCAUUGUAUCCAGUUAAUCACGAAGACUUUAAAUGCGUGCGUGCAUUAUAAUAAAAAAAAAACAAAAAUAUCUUAUUUGUCUUACUAAACAACUGUACAAAUGUUUAGAUAUCAAACAACUGGCAUCUUUAGACGCGCAUUUGGCUUGAAUUUCAUCUUGUAUUUAGUCAUAAGUUUUUUUAAUAUGAUUUAUUUGACUAUUUAAAAAUUACUCGAUCUAUUAUGAAUUCCCACGCAAUGAAUUAUGUACGGUUGUUUUGUAGGAUGUUUGUUUUAAUAGGAUACAAAAAUCUACUAAGAAAGAUAGAAUUGACAGUUGAAUGACAGCUGUCACUUAAUUGUCGCGCUUUUGGGACGUUGUUGAAGCAAUACGGUGUCAUAUUUUUCAAAAGUCAAUUCUAACUUCCUGCUAAUAGAUUUCAUAAUUCUUUGAAUUUGUACAUUUUUAAUGAUGGGACAGGACUGCGUCCACGUCGUGAUUACCGCUUAGAGAUUUGCUUGAUUGUGAAGCUCCUUAUUUUCGCGGCAUUAUCUUAGUCUGUGGUAAUUUAUAUUUAAGUGAUGGUUGUUGGCCCUUUCAUUUGUCAUUGUAUGAUGUCCGUCCAUAGAAUUAACAUUUUAAAAGUUUUUAAUAGUUCGCUAGUUUACAGUCUAAAAUUCUAUUCUAAUUAUGUUAUAUACUUCUAAAAUCCUUUUUUAAAAUCAUAAAACGUAAGUAUACAUUUGCUUCGAUAUCAGUAAUAAUAAGUUGUCUUACUACUUUCGGCAAAUACCUUAGUAGUGUAAGGGCUUCAUUAUAAAUUCUAUAUUAAUGGGGCCAAACAGCCAACCCGAUCUGUUGAUCUAGGAACCAGCGGAGACUGCAAAAUUAUAUGGCUCUAAUUUAGUUAAUACAAUCUAGUCUGAUUACGCUAGCUGCAUCGCUUUCGGAAAUAAGACGUGUAUGACACACUAUAAAUUCCAUAUUUGUCAAACUUGAUGAUCGCUGUGAAGUUUUCGCGUAUUUCAUAGAGCAAAUGUGUCUUUCGUUGUUAACUUCGCUUUAAAUAAAUUAGCUAUAUUCACACCGUUCAAAAAGUUUGACGAGGUCAUUUGAAUGAUCUAAUUACACAGUAGUUUUAAACCAAAAGCGAUAUAGUUAGUUUUAUUUAUAAGCUUAAAAUAUAUUAAGUUUUGUAAGCAUUUAAGUUGUAACAUGUACUUUUAAGGUACUUAUUCAAAAUCCAAUGGAUUUUAUAUUAACAAGGAGACUGGUAUGUACUUUACGGUAACUACACAUAUGGUCUAAAGUUGUAUAUGUAUUUACAUUCCCCUCAUAUUAUGUACUCCAUGUGUGUACAGAGUGUUAAAAUAAAAACCAAUACAGUAUUGA